CCUCCCUUACGUCAUCAAGAGAGGAGCCUCGAAGGGACGCAUUUAGCCUCUUCCGAGGGGGCUGCGCCUUUAAAUAUUGGAGUCGGAGCUCCAAUGGGUUUUUAGAGGCAUUGCAGACUUGAGCGAAAGGAAGAGACAGGUGCUAGCGAAUCCUGGAAUCACUUGGCACAAUAUGACAUCAAGGAUCUGAAGUGUCAUUUCGUCGAAAGCAUUAUUAUUUUCGUAGGCCUACUGUGAAGAGCUAUGCCGGAGCAGAGCAAUGACUACCGAGUGGUGGUGUUCGGCGCAGGGGGGGUGGGCAAGAGUUCCCUGGUGCUGCGCUUCGUCAAGGGGACCUUCCGCGAGAGCUACAUCCCCACCAUCGAGGAUACGUACCGGCAGGUGAUCAGCUGCGACAAGAGCAUCUGCACGCUGCAGAUCACCGACACCACGGGCAGCCACCAGUUCCCGGCCAUGCAGCGCCUCUCCAUCUCCAAGGGCCAUGCCUUCAUCCUGGUCUACUCCAUCACCAGCAAGCAGUCGCUGGAGGAGCUCAAGCCCAUCUAUGAGCAGAUCUGCCAGAUCAAAGGAGACGUGGAGAGCAUCCCCAUCAUGCUGGUGGGCAACAAGUGCGACGAGACGUCGGGCCGCGAGGUGGAGUCGCCCACGGGCGAGGCUGUGUCCAAGAGGUGGAAGUGUGCCUUCAUGGAGACGUCAGCCAAGACCAACCACAACGUCCAGGAGCUCUUUAAGGAGCUGCUCAACCUGGAGAAGCGGCGGACAGUCAGCCUGCAGAUCGACGGCAAGAAGAACAAGCAGCAGAAGAGGGCAGAGAAGCUAAAGGGGAAAUGUGUGGUUAUGUAAGAGGGGGUCGGGGGGGGGGGCAGGCAACCGGUCGGUCCAAAUCCAACAUCCUCUCCCCUGCAUCCCUACACAAGGACGUAGACUAGAACUCUUACUGAUGGUCGUACCAGAAGAAACACCCACAAAUGCACCCACCCACACACACCAACAUACACACACACACACACACACACACACACACACACACAUGCACACACACACACACAUGACUCAUCAUGAUAUAUCUGUUUAUGCUUAAAGUUUACACCAGGAGGGCGGAGGAGGACAUGCCACAAACGACCAUGUAGUAGCUUCGCAUGGAGACAAGGAAGUCAAGACAUUUAAACGGUUUUGUCAGGCUUGCUUGUACAACGGAACAAUAAAGCUAAAAAAAAUGACUGUACAGUGGAAGACCAAACAUCUAUAGUGCUCCCCAGUACUCCUCCAGCUCUCCGAACCACUCACAAAGAAGAUUUGUUGAAUAACCUAAUAUCCCCAGCCUGUGCCAGAAAGGGAUUUAAUUUCACUGACUGUGUAUUUGUACCAGAGCAAGGUCUCAACACCCACGUCUUACUGUUCAGCAAUCCAUUCCCUUCUGGACAUGUCACAGAUUUGGAUCACAGGAGGUAAUGUGGUGCAUAGGAUAAAUGGCUGACUUAGAAGUAGCCUGAAUCAUUUGAAAUGGUUUAAUGCUUAUUUUGGAUUUGGACUGAUGUAUGAAUUCUACUUGAGAGUGUUCAAAACACAAAUCUCCCACGCAGAGCAGUGCUAUACGAAGCAAUACUAGUGAAUGUCCAGGGAAUUGAUCUGUCAGUAAAGUACAUGAGCUACUUUUAAGAUUUCCCAAAAUGACACCUAAAAUGCUGUGUGUGUUGUUUAUAUUUUUGUGAUUCUUUUGUAUUUAUUUUUAUAUUUAUUUGCCAUAUGUUAAAGGCUAUUUUUGAUCUACAUUCAGAUGUAAAUGUAUGAGGAUCUAACCAAUCUGAAAUCAUUUUUACUUUCAAGUGGGGUUUAAAUUGUUUUUUUUCCCACCAGAAUUAACAGUAACGCCUUUCCCCUUUAUGCUAUGUCAAUGACAAAGAUAAAACAGAUUUAAAAAUGUGGCAAUACUAACCUGAUUGUGCCAGAAAGAUUUGUUAGGCUUUGUACUUCUAACCAAAUCUAACUUUUUCAAUCUAAAUAACCUAUUUGAACCAAUAUAAAACUAACAGAUUGCCUUGCAAUCAGUUCUUGUUUUUUUAUGCUGCCAGUUCUAUUGGGCAAUGUUUUCUUCAGUGAACUGACAAGGAACGAGUUUUUUGAGAGUGAUGCUGAGAUGGACUGAGUGAUGUCUGUCUGUGGAAUCUCCCAGCAGUUAUGGUGCAGUGUUUCCAAUAUACAUCUUUAUCAAAAUUGUUUUGGGAAUGUGUGGAUGACAUGCUUUGACGUGCAAGCUUGACUGUCCUGUGAACUUCUCAUUGCACAUACUGACAUAAUGUGUUUAUAUUUAGCAAUCAUUUGGCUAUUUAUUGGUCAUUUGGAAAUGAAUCAAAUCUGCUAUGUAUCUGCAUAAGCUAAAGCUGCAAAUCUAGUUGAUUAGCAGUAUUCUGCCUGAUAUAAAAUUGGAUUUAGCUCAUAAUGGAGCGUUUGUAUUAUUAUGUUUUGCUCUUUUGACCACAUUAGAUUGAGUAUAUUUAACUUACAAAAUACUGUUACAAAAUGCCUCAAAGAUCAUACUUUGAUGUCCUAAAAACCAAGCACACAGUUUGAUGUUCUGAUCUGAUGUUCUCAAAACUUUGUCAUAGCAAAAAAUAUACACAAUGUGAAUACAAAUAUUUAUAUAGGAAUGCUUCCACAUAUACAUACGUACUAAUAUCCAGUGUUCCUCAGACAAACAUGUCCAGUUUCUCAUAUGCAUUCCAAACAGACCUCAGUCAUGAAUGCGUAAGAGUAAAAUUUAGUUAAUUUCCUUAUUCAUGUGCAAAAUGUUAAACAUUUCAUUUUAUUAAGCAAAUCUGUAUUCAUUGUGUAACCGUCUGUGUUUGACAUAUACAUACAUGUUGACAAAUCCGAUGUUUAUUUGAGGAAUAGCUUGUACGUGUCUAUUUUAGAAAGAUGACUACAGUAAAUACUGCAGUAAAUUCUACAGCUAGCUUGUAUUGGCUAUCCUUACAUAGGGAAAUAGUAAUGUCCACUGCUAAAAUGUAUUAAUCGUAACAUUACUACCACAACUUCAACUAACAAGUUGAGGAAGUACAGAUUAAAACUUUUAUCUAAAGUAUAUUGCGUAGAAAAUCAGCAGUCUGAUUAUAUCUACAAGUAGAUGUACAGUAGAUUAAAACGACAGAUGUGUCACCGAGUUACAGAACAGUACAUGUGCAAGGAAUAAGGGAGAGUCAGGAGAGAAUAGCAAAAGCCUGUUUUUGUUUGAUAAAAGACCGUUAUUCAGUCUUUGUUUUGAUGAAAAUUGCCUGUAUAGACAUCAUGUGUGCCUACAAGUUUAUACUGGAUCUUCUUGUAUAUAAAUAUAUAUAAAUAUAUAUAUAUUGAAUCACAAAAAAUAAAGAAAAUGUUGCAUUUAA